AACUCUAUCGAGUUGCAUCUUUGAUAUUAUGAGAUUUAACCGUUUUCUUUCUCUUUUUUGCUAGGUAUACGCAGUGUUAAAUCUCCGGUCCGUUCUUUACUUGACCUGUAGAGUGGCGCGCGCCUGCGCACAUCUCUGAAGCGCGCCGCGCAAAUUGCGAAAGCGAGUCGCGGCCGCGUAAUGACGUUGCCGGCAGCAAGGGCACCUGGAUUCCUAGUUCCUUACCUGGCACCUGCUGCCUACGAUGUUGCACCGCCGUGAAGGCCCGAGGCGUGACAGCGUACUCAACCUGGCAACGUGCGUCACUCGCUAUCUGUCAUACAAUUCGCCAAGUGCAUUUCGCGACACUUUAUCAUCUUUACGAGCACACCGCCGAGCGAACGGAACGAAGUUCGCGCUUCAAAUUCGCAAGUGCAUUAGUAGUGAAAACGAUUUACACCUAUCCGUGUGCAACGAAUCCAAAUGCGUGCCGAUGCAGCGGCUCGAGUAUUACCAGCAUAGGAUUGGAUUUUCAAAGUGCAAUGCACCUCAAGGAUAACUUCGAAUCGCAACCGAUGCACGCAACUUCGCUCGCAACAUCAACCUUUGGACUCGUCGCCGAAUGCAGGAUUCCAGGUGCACAGGAUAGAAUGAAUCGUCGGGAAGACCCGCUGUUACGGCAGCAUCGUAAUCGUUUGCUGCAAUUGGCCGAGGCGACGAACAUCAAGCCUGGCCGUGGCAGCGGGAAGAGACGCGGACAAAGACAGUCGCAUGGUUUCGGACCCAGUAACGGCGGUCCCAGCCGCGUGACGCUCCAGGAUAUCGUCAGGAGCGAUCCUGGAUACACGCCGAACAUCGAGCACUUAGUGUUUCCGGAGCGCAAGAGCAGCAAUCCGAAUUUAGCGGGCGUCGCCGAUGGCUCGCCGCCAAAUAAAUCCAAGUCGAAUGCGACGAGCUCGGGAAGAUCCAGGCUCGCCGAGGUCUUUGCUCGACAUUACGCAAGAGGAUCUUCGCAGGACUCGUCCGUUACGUCCAGAAAGAAUCACGUGAAUAGUACGUCGCUGGACAGUGGAAACGUGGUAGGUCAUCAGCCCGGGCCUGGCGGACCCACGGUGGUGACGCGAAGCACCGGACGCCGCUGGCUGUCACAGAACUCGCAGUCCUCGAGGCAGCAUUCGGAGGAUGGGAUACGUGGGGGUAACGUGGGCGUUGGAGGGCCCGUUUCGACCUCGUCCUCGAGUCAGGCUCCCGGUCAAACCGUGCCUCCCGCUCUGCCACCGCGAAGAGUCAAUCCGGCCACAGAUACAAGCGAGAUCGCCAAUUCUAUCUCGCGUAUCGACAGGGGCCCGAACGUGUCGAUCCUCCAUCUUUGCAACGCAGCGGACCCUUGGGAAGUCGGCUCUCAAGGCUCCUCGUACAGCGUCGGCAGCAACAAGAGUCAGACAGCAGGCAGCAGAGGCAAAUCCGGCGGGAACACACGGGGAUCCUACAACCGUGGUAGCUCGAUACCAUCCUUGAAACGUCACGAUACAUCCACGUCGACCACGUCGGUGUCAAGCCUUAAGCAACAUCGACAAGACAGUCAUGGCCAGGUAUCCUCCAGUUCUCGCCGACGUGAAGCCACGAACUCUUUCCUCUCGGGUAAUAGUGGCACCUCUGGCGAGCUGUUCAUCAGCGGUGAUUGCAGCCGCGAGCUGUCACCCGUGCGAUGGUGCGAUCGCGAGGUCGAUGGCGUUUACCUGGGCCGUUCAGGCUGGGUGCAGGUACAACAGCGGUCUCUCGACGAGAAUCGUCGUGCGAACUACGAAAGCAACCUGGUGACCGCUACUACUGGCACUCUACCGUUGUCACGACGCGCGGCGGUCAAGCUAGCGGACUAUCACUGCAACAGCGAACCAGGCAAGUGCCCGCAGGACUUUGCCAGAGGAUUAGAUUCGCAAAGACCAGACUUCCUCGCACUGCACAGCCAGGAUUUCGACUCCAUCACGACCAGCACCUGCACGUCGCCGCACAGCAUCCCGGAAUCAUUCUCGCCACCAUCGAUCACGCCGAUUAUAUCGCCGCCGCCGGCUUUUCAAGAUGCCGUCACCGGCAGAAAAUCGUCCUCCUCCAGGCACUCCUCCGGCGGGCGCAGUAAUUACGGCAGCAAGGCGCCCUUUUUGCCGCGAUCGAACGCCAUCGUCGACAGCGACAUCAUCAGUCCGCCUCCGUCCCCGCCGCCUCACCAAGUGAACUGGAGUUCCCUACCGUCCGGAUCUAGGAAAAAUUUCGGUUCGGCGGCGUCCAGGUCGAAGAGACAGAACGCCAGCCAGCAGCAACAGCAACAGCAGCAGCAGCAAAAAUAUCGUAUGGCACAGGCCAAAUCUUUGGAAGAUCAAUCGUCCUCCAGAAGGUCGCAGUUUGCGCAGAGAUAUCUCGAAUCAUCCAGUUCGUCGUCGUCAUCGAUGGGUUUCAGGAGUCUCGACAGCUGUGUCACCAAGUCCAUCAUGCCCAGCUUAGCAGAGAAUACGGAUUCUUCCGUUGAAGGAUAUGAGGAUGGUGACGAAGACGAAAACCCCAGCUCAUCCUUAAAUCUCAGUCUGGUGUCGUCAUCAGUUCUUGCAUUGAAUUCAUCCACAGAGUCAAUUCGCGCCAACGGCGAACGAAUUUCGCCCAACAGGCAAGGGAGAAUCCACAGAAGUCAACAGGGACUGAGAAGAUCGCCAGGAUCCUCCGAGUCAGGAAAACAGAUGUUCAAUUCAUCCUCUUUGUCGUCUUCUUCCUCGUCCAGCAGUGAGGAGCGACAAGGACGGUCACCCACGCCUAAUCCCUUCAGACGCAGUAAUGCUUCGCGACAGCAUCAGAGUGCCAGGACCAAUCAGAUGUCACCUGAUUCUCAUCAAUCCCGAGUCAGAAGAUCCAGGAGUCUCCAAUUGCCCGAGAAAAGGUCACCGGGAACGGCUGGACCGCAGAGGGAUCAUUCUCGAGAAUCAAACGAGCCUCACAGAGUCGUCGUGAAGAUCGUGAAUGAUCGAGUAAACGAGAGGCCUAAGCGCCAUGUUCUUCAGAAUAGAAAGGCUCAGUCUACCGAUGACACCAUAAACGAAAACCUUCUUCGCGAGCCGGAAGUAGUAACCGAAUAUCUAUACGGCACGCGAAGUCGCGUCGUGCCAAGAAGCAGCUUGUCGAGCCGCUACGAACGUCGCGACGAGAAUCAAGAGCAAAGGCGAGGCACUUCCAACACCUACGACGUCUACAUUAUAUCUUCCAAGCAGCAGCAGCAGCAGCAGCAACAACAUCAAUCGUCGAAACAGCAGCAGCAGCAGCAGCAACAACAACAUCAAUCGUCGAAACAGUCGCAACAACAACAACAGCAGCAACAACAACAACAACAACAACAAUCCCGGCGACCGCGAACACUGCAGAGAGGCGCCACAACGCCGAAUACGAGCGCACCGUCUGUCAAUCAAGACUUCAGUCCAGACACGAAACUACGCUGCAACAGCAGCACGUGUGAUUUCUGGCCUCACUGCUCCCAAAGAGAAACUCUAUAUUCGCCAAAUCAGGCGCCACCGCCGGUCUUCAUGAAGCUAUCGCAGAGCUAUCCGUCACAUCAAAGGCUCUCCACCGACACCGGUAGUCAUCGAGGUAGCGCCAGCUCGUCGCCGGCUUCCCUGGAGCGGAUGGAUGAUCGGGAGCUCCGCGAAAGAGACAAUUUGAGAAAAAGCAGAAGCAACCAACAGGGCAACUCCAAGUAUCAAGAGAGAUCCAAGAGCAUGCUCAAGCAGACUAAUAGAUGGUCACCGCUGGAGGGAAUUAAUGGCAAUGGUUCCGGAGUGGAGAAGAGGGGUCAGAUGCACCAUCGAGUGUACCGGAAGCCCGAUUUCCCGGGAUCUUUCGAGGGCGCCGAGAACAAGGACAGGAGAGUGUCGCCUAUCCAAGGAAUGAACGUUGUCAGCAGAUCGCCGAGUAGUGGCCCGAUCGCCUCCUCGUCCACGAAUACCUCGUCGUCCUCGAGCAGCGAUAUCUGGAUCACCACGUCGGAUCGCACGGUGACGAAGAGCCCGCGGAACGCGAAGAGCUCCGGUGCAUCCACGCCGAUGGAGGAUGCCGUGAUCGGUUCGCUGAAGACGCUGAUAGAGCCACCGAAGGACGGUACGCUGUCCAGGCCCGGUAGCGCGCCGACUCGGGGCGAGGAUUCGCUCACGGAUGACAUCAUCCUGGAUCCUCAUCAACGAUCCUUGUCGCUGCCAAAGUCCUUCCUGGCGCACAACACGGCGGACGGCAGUAAUAAGUCGGGAUCUUGGCAUCGCGGGCAAGAUUCCCAGCGAUCCAGCCCUAGCCCCAGUAGACUUCAUCGCGUGCAGGAAGCGGCCACAUCUCACACAGCUCCAGUUUCUCCUCUGCACGACUACAGAACGAGUGGCCAUGCCGGAAGAGAGAGAAGGCGAAUUCCCGGUCUUAACAAAGCUCAACGGCGGAUCAAAGCGUCCAGCACCCCGGCACUUCUAGAUAGAAAUCAUGAUAGCCGACAGUGGUCCGGCGACGAAGAGGACGAUGGGGCAAGGAGAGGCCACGUGACGACCGAGCAUCCCUUGGCCGAGGCCACGAUUCCUCUGGUCAGCCAUACCAGACUACAAGAGCCGUCUUCCGUCCUGAAUGUCGCCAAUGUGCCCACCGGCGGAAGUCAGAAUACUGCGCAUCGCGCUCAGAGCCAGCAAGAGAGCGUGUUGCAGAAAUUCCGUAAGAGCUUCUCAUUGAGGUUCCACAAGAAGGGCAGUAAGGAGAGCAACGAGGAAUGUCCCGCGGAGGACAAUGACGGCUCGGGGCCCUUGGAUGAGGAGGAGGGCACGGAGACACCUCCCGUAACCUCCUCCGAGCAAAUCAACCAGCACAAAGACGAUUCUAGCAAUGAUCAGAAAUUCCGAUUCGGCCCACUCGUCUGGAGAAGUAGCAAAGAGAGGAAAAAAGGUAACAAGGCCGCCCGAAAUGCAAAAUGCAACAGUGGAGACAGCGGAAUACAAAUCGAGAUGGUAUCUGGUGGAGCGUUGACUGGUGGCGGUAGCGGUGGAAUGAUGGGGGGUGGUGACAGCUCCGAGUCCCACGAUACGGACGAUGUUCCCGAUGACACCGACAGCCCUCCAGCCCUUCGCAGGCGAGUUGCUGAUAAAUCGCGGCCCCAGUCCGAGCUCAUCAACCAGAUACUGAUUGACAAGUUCAAGGCGGAUCUGCAAAGCCGCGCAUCGCGACACAAUCAUGUGCGUCGUACGAACAGCGAUUUAGGAGGCCAGAGGCUGCUCCAAUGGGACACCAGGUCGGGAUAUGUUCACAAUUAUCGUAGGAUGCUGUCAACUCCGUCGCCGAUCAAGACGAGGCCGCCCAGGCUCAGCCCGAGGCACUCUUCCCAUGAUAUCGUUACGCUCAGAAGUAACGCGAAAGGGAGGAGUUCUCGGACAAAUCUGAGACGCUCGCUUAGCCAGCCACUGGGAAUCAAUCAGCUCUCGCCAUUAAUGCGCACCAAAACUACAGGCGCGAGAUUACCCGGUGGCAAUGUGCUAUCCGAGGACGAGCAGGAUGGAAGAGCCGGCACAUCUGACGACGAGAUGAUGUCCGACUCCGAAUCCUCGAUCGCUUCCUUGACGGAUAAGAAGAAAUCAUUCGAGCAGACAAUGGACGAGGAGAUCGUCAUCUUGGCCGAGGCUGUUUGGGACCACGUGGCGAUGGAGCCGGAGGAAUUAGCUUUUCGCGCGGGGGAUGUUAUCGACGUCCUUGAUACGUUAGACAAAGAUUGGUGGUGGGGCAGCUGCAGAGGAGAACAUGGGUGGUUUCCGGCAGCUUUUGUCAGGCUGCGAGUGAGUCAAGAGGAUACGGUAGAAGAUUGUUUGGCCGCGAUAGCCUCAGGGGGAUCCUCGGGCACUCAGCUGAGAAGACGUACGAGCGUUUCCUUGCUCUCAAACGAGCAAGUGAGAACCAGCGUGGUCCGCGAACUCGUCCAGACUGAACGCGACUUCGUCAAGGUCCUGCGUGAUGUAGCCGAAGGCUAUAUCGCGGAAUGUCGCAGGCGCACGGACAUGUUUACCGAAGAGCAGAUUGAAACGAUCUUCAUCAACCUCGAGGAGCUCUUGGACUUUCAGUCGGAGUUUCUGAAAGAUCUCGAGGCUUGUAUCGACUGGAACGCGCCGCACAAAAGCUGCGUCGGCGAAUGCUUUCUCAAUCAUAGAGCGGGUUUUCGCAUGUAUUCCGAAUACUGCAACAGUCAUCCGAUGGCGACAGCGACUCUACAGGAGCUCUACCAGCACAAUCGUUAUAGCAAAUUCUUCGAAGCCUGUCGGCUAAUGCGAGGCCUCAUAGAGAUCCCCUUAGAUGGGUAUCUAUUGACGCCCGUCCAACGAAUAUGCAAGUACCCCCUUCAAUUGGCGGAACUACUGAAGUAUACGAAAACCGAUCAUCCAGAUUAUCACAAGAUUCAGGAGGCCUUGGAAGCGAUGAGAGGCGUUGCAGUACUCAUCAACGAGAGAAAAAGGCGGAUGGAGAGUUUGGAGAAAUUGGCCGCGUGGCAAAUGCGCGUAGAAGGUUGGGAGGGUGAGGAUCUCAUAGAAGUUUCGUCGCAACUGAUUUAUCAAGGUGAGGCGAUGAGAGUGAAGACUGGCAUGUGGACGAACAAUAUCACGCUGUUCCUUUUUGAUCAUCAAUUGGUCUAUUGCAAGAAAGACAUUCUUAAGCGCAAUACUUAUGUCUACAAAGGUCGCAUCUAUCUCGACACCAGUGAGGUCAUCGAUGUACCCGAUGGAAAAGAUCUUCAAUCGGGGGUGACAGUGAGGCACUGUUUGAAAAUAUAUAGUUGUGUCCGGGACAAGUGGUUGCUUUUUUGUUGCCGCACAGCGGAGGAGAAACGACGGUGGCUAACGGCGAUGGCCGAAGAACGAAGACUAGUAGCCCAGGAUAGAAACGACGGAUUAGAAUUUCCAGCGGCGGCCCGACAGCUCGCCAGGCUAGCUGCUAGUAGGCAGCAAAAUAGGCCGCCGAUCAAACCUCGCAAUAAAACGUAUAAGAGGGAAUCAACGUACGAAAUGCCGACUAUGAUCGCACAAGGCACCACCAACUCGCUAGGAAGGAAGGUUGGCACCUGGUUCACGUUCGGUAGCAGCAAAAAAAGCACGCGGCUUCAACCGUCUUGAGACAGGCCUACCUUCGUACCGUAUAUUGACCUGUAAAACUGCGACUAACGGCGCUGUAUCAUCCUAUCGGAAUUUUGGCAUGAAAUGUUCUUCAAUAUUGAUUGUUUAGAAACUUUUUUGAGCAAUCGUUCAAAAAGAUCCUCAUUAUCAAUCGAUACUUUAAUCAGGGUAAUAUUUUUCAUUUCGCGAUAGAUUGAAUCGUACUAUUCUCCGUGGGUCGAUGAACGAUCCAUAUUUUGAUCGCUAGAAUUUCGUAGCACCGAGGACAAACAGCGUCUCGUCAAAUGUACGGUACGAAGGUAUUUAGAUAACUCAAAAGUGAAAAUUUUGUCCUACAAAAUACACCUUUUCUUCUCAAGUAGGAAAAGCAAUUGCCAUCGAUUCCAUGAUCAUAGCCUGUAGAGAGCUGCAUGACGAUCCAAAAGCACGAAAAACUUCAACGAUCUUUCAUUCACUGCCUCUCUCACGAAAACAGGUAUUUCUCUACAGGGUUGGAAAAGUUACUUUAUAAAAGUAACUCGUUAUCGUUACCGUUCUUUUUUCUAUAAAGUAACUCGUUACUGUUAUUCGUUACCAAUUUUAAAAAGUAACGAGUCGUUACAAUUUUCGUUUUUUUUUUAUAUUUAAUACAAGCUUUACGUACAAUUUUUUUAAAUAUAAGAUCAAUAUGUUCCUUUAUAUGAAAAUUGUACCGAGUAAAUUCGAAAAAAGUAACGAUAGAAGUAACUGUUAAAUUCGUUAUUCGUUAACGAAAUUACUUUUUCCGUUACAAACAAAAUUUGUAACGCCGUUACCGUUACAGUUACCGAAAAAAAUAACUGUAAUGGUAAAACGGUUACAAGUAACGUGUUACUUUCCAAUCCUGCUUCUUUACCAAACAGAUAGUAUCAUUAUCCAAAUUAGAUACUUGCAAAUGGAUUAAUGAAACACGAUAAAUUAAUGAAAAUCGUUCAUUAUGUCUAUAAUCUGGGAAUCAGGAAUGUCUAAAUCAGUGAUUCCCUAACUGUGUCAGGUCCGAAACUAAUGUUCGAUCAUUUUUCAUAUGAUAUUGUUCUCGAUGUGACGUUGUCAAUCUUCAGUUCGAGAACCAUUAUCCAGAAAGACGUUUCCGAGAAGAAAGAAUUUGUUACAAGCCGAGAGGAAGGUGUAUAAUCGAUUUUGUAGAUGCUUAACAUUAGAAACUAUCGUUAAUAAUAGCAGACACGCGGAUAGAUUAGAGAACUAGAGAAGUAAAUAGUGAAUAUAUAAAGUCAAUAGCGGGCUUUUAAGGUACUAAAGAGAAAGUACUAGUCACUCUUUACAUCGCGAAUUGAUGAUAAACGCCGAUGAACCAUAAUAGAUAUGUAUUGUUACACGCGCAAUCGCUUUUUGGAUCGAGCGGCUAUGGAUGGUACGUAUCAAAUGGCUGUAUUUUUUAUUAUAAUCGAAAGACUGACGACCGAGAUGCUUCUUCAGAAGGAAACCGGUUGUAAUCUUGAGAGAGAAAUGCGACGGGAUCGAUUAAGAAAUUUCUAAGUUGAAUUCGUCACAUAAACUUUGUUAAAAUCAUUUGAUUAUUUUGAGAGUGUUAUCGAUCAAUUUUAUGUAAGAGAGAUGCAACGAGAAAGCUCACCAUAAUAUCACAUUCAAUUCUGUGCAAGUGUUAGCAAGUUCAAUCAGGAAAUCCGUGUUGAUUAGUUUUGCAAAAAAUUCUGAUUCGCCGAUUCCGCACACCACUUUUCUCUCAACGAAAAUGUAGAUGUAUUUCUUAGAAGAAAUCUCCAGCGCGCGAGCUAUACAAGGUAACUUACUGCCUAACUAAUGUUCGUUAUUUCGCAUCAUAAUUAUAAUACUCAUAGUAGUUUGUACGGAGUUACGAUCGGCGAGGAAAUAGAAAAAAGAGACGAGAAGAUGAAACAAGAGCGAAAAAAAGAAAAAAAAUUUUGUUUCCGCAAAACAACACAGCAGCAGUAUUAUACAGAUACAACAGAUGCGAUUAGAUUAAAUAUUCGCAUAUCGCGCCUCCUUAUUCGACUGCGAUACGAAGCCGCGAGUUUCUAAAAAAAGCAAGAAAAGAGGGAAAAAAUGAUAAUCGAGAGAAGAUCUUUCAAGUUUUUCUACUCUUGUAUAGAAAAGAGAAUCAGUUAGCCCAACAGAAGAAUUUCUGUGUUAUAAUGAUAUGCAUAUAUGUAUGCAGUCUCUUGGCAAAAUGUUCGAUCUACCAAUUUCAACAAUUUAAUCACGGAUCCUGAAAGUUUCUAACACUGCCAAUAAGUUUAAAGAAAUAUGUCUUCGUUCGUUAGAAUUAUUUGACCCGAUCUUUAAUAGAAAAGGAGAUCGGUACUCCAGAUUUUCUCUAUUUCGAAAGACUAAAGUAUUUUGUCUUUUUGACGUUUGCGUGGGCGAAUGUGUGGUACAACUUUGGGCGAGAAGAGAUAUUUACGUUUUGUGUAACAUACAGAAAGAUAUAUUUUUACUUGUUUCUCGAGACAACGCGUAAUUUACUAUAUACGAUGAGGACAAUAUAAUGAUAAAAUGAAUGGAUCAAGAUUCCUACUGUACAGAGAGAUCAUUAGCCUGUUGAUGUUUAGAUUUAGGAGAGACGCAAUUUGUUGCUGGACCCAACUCAUUUCAGAGUUAUUUUUAUAGGAAAGACUACUUAUUGGUUCUUGAAUGUGAUUUUUCUUAUAAGUAUUGCUAUUAUACACUUGGACCGCUUUAAUAAUGGCCAACGUAAGUAUAAGAAACAGAUGUAACUCGUUAUAGAGAUUAAAGAUAAAUAGUGAGGAUAUCCCGAACAACGUGAAAGUCUACAAAAAACAUUUCUUGGAUGUUCAAGUAACGUCUUUUAAAUUGUUUUACAAGCGUCUUUCAAUGACGUUUGUGUUGUCUUCGGGCGCGAUAUCGAGUAAUGCACGAUUAAGCACAACUUUCCACACUCAUGAGAACUAUACUUGCGAUUUCACGACAGACAAGUAAUCGAAAUACGUGAAAGUUCGUACCUCGCACUCACAAGCUCCCAUAUAUUGGCAAGUGAAUAACAUAUCUUACAUGAUUGAUUAAUUUAUAUUUUGGAGGAUACUAUCUAUCCCCGCUAGAAAUUGUUACUUUUGGAAAUCUUCAGGCAAAAUCUGCACAAAACUUAAGGAAAUGCGCUUUGAAGCAAUAAGUAUUGUACUAAGCGUUAUUGUUAUGAUAAUUUAAGCUGUUAUGUACACAUAAUGCGGUUAUAUAAACGUAUAUUUUCCCUGAGAUUUGAUAACGAUAACCAUACGACAUACAUACCCUGAUGACAAGGGAAAAGUGAAGUUCAGUUUUUUUGUAGCGAAAUCUCUAACUACACUAAUGAUCUAAGAAAAAAGGCACAGAGAUAUCAUAUGUAUCGCUCUGUUUUCUGUACAUAUAUAUAUAAAUGUAUUUUGCAAAUGUAAAUAACAUAGAUCUAUUCAUUAGAA